CCGCUCUCCCUGUUUCUUUGAGAGGGCUACUGGAUCAAGACAGCGGCGUCGUCCGACGAUCUACGACGAGGUUCUGUGGCCUCCGACGUGCCCACUCCCGAUAACGUCGAAAGCGCGGCGCUUUGGGGCUGCCCCCGGCCUCAAAAGUCGACUGACAGCUCCCCACCAUGGCCGAGACCACGACGACGCCCCCCCCAAAAAAGAGCAAGGUCGAGCCCCCGCCGCUGUCGGAGUACGAGCUCCAGCGCAACGAGAGGAUCGCGGCCAACCAGGCGUUCCUGGAAACGCUAGGCCUCGGUGGGACUGGCCAGAAGCUACCCAAAAAACCAGCGCGGGCGAAGCCCAAGAAGCGCAAGGUCGAGGAGCACGAGAAGCGCAAAAGUGUCAGGCUGGCGGGCGGGCCGGCGCCCAUCGAGCGGCUCCAGGACGACCCUCGCUCGUACGACGAUUUCUUCGAGAGCCGGAAGCGGCAGAAGCGCGCGCCGCGCCAGGAGCCGUGGGAGCCUACAGACGAGCAGCGCGACAAACUCGGCGAGUUUUGCAUGGAAGAGUGCUACGACUUCCUCGGGACGACGACGCCUUAUCACAAGGAGAUCUCGCCGGACAACCGGAAGACCGUGAUCCGGCAAAUUACUAAGCUUGUAACCGGCGUAGGCGUCGACUACCACCGCUGGCCCGCGGGCGUCGUGUUUCGCAAGGGAGAACCUGUGACUCUCCAGGACGAUCUUGUGCAGAUAAAAGAGGACGCGAAAGAUUUCGAGGCCCAGCACGGCCGCGACCUCGGCAACGGCUGGCUCCUGAACCAUCCGUUGCAGAAGAUGAUUCUGUUCCGAGACCACCUCGCCGCCACCAAGCUCCCCGGGAAGGCGCGGAAGAAGACCAAGGCCGCGACGGCCCCGUCGAGUGACGACGACGAGGAGGAGGCCGCCGCCGCGCCGCCCGAGGCAAAGCCGGCGAAAGGCACGCUGACCCCCGAGACCGUACGGGCCAUACGCGAGGUGAAGAAGCGCUUCGACGAAGGGGAAAUCGACGAAGCCACGUACAAGGAGACGAAGGCCGGGCUGCUCAAUAAGUCGGCGCCGUCGCUGGUCGGCCGCGCGGUCCGCAAGAGAUUCCCUGGCUCGGGCUGGUUCGACGGCAUCAUCGAAAGCGUCGCGGAGGACGGGCGCUGCGAGAUCGCGUGGUCGGACGGCGCCGUAACGUCUAUGAAGGUCUCGGCUGUCGCGAAGAUUCUGAAGGACUAACAAUUAUCACACUU